AUGCCCAGUCUCUUCUCCCGCGCACGCACCCACUCCACCCCCAAGAAGACCAACACUGCACCCAAUCACGCAGAACGGGACCUCCCACCCCGCCCCACCGCACAGAACCCACCCUACGACGAGUUUGGGCGCGUUAACAGCCGUGCCUCAGCGGGCGGCGGUGCUUCUCCUGGUGGCAUCAACCUCAACCUCGCCGCCCUAUCCUUCUCCCCUGCUGCCAAAAAAGACAAGGCAGAGAGGGAGAGGGCAAAGCUCGUCAGGCCGAGGACCGCCAGUUCGCCUAGGGAGAGGGGCGAGCCCGACCCCCUCGACGUCCUCGCCCAGAUCCCAGACGGCAGCUUCCUCACCCUCAACCUCGACCCUCCCCCGCCCACCUCAGAGCCCCCCUUCGCCCCCUCACACGACUACGGCUACCUCUCCUACGAGCGCCACAUCGUCCUCGGCCUCGACCACCUCUCCCGCCUCGUCGACGUCGUCGCCAGCGACCCCCCCCCCCGCUGUCUCACCACCCCCUUCAUCUUCAGCACCCUCGCCCUCGACAUCUCCUCGGCAGCCAUACAGAGGCUUAUCAAGGCCUUUGUCGAUACCUGUCGCUUUCCUGAGAAUAAGGAGGUCGAGUGGAGGUGGAGGGAGGAGGCCAGGUUUGCGGGGCCGCAUGAGCUGGGGAUGUGUUUGAGGUGGGGGCUCGCGAGGGUGGUGAGGGUGGAGGGUGGACAGGCGGUCAGAGGGCUCAUUGCAUGGGAUCAUUAUAUUUACUUUAGAGAUACAGAAGAAGAACGAAAAUACCCCUCGGCCCAUUUCGCCACCCUCCUUCCCCCUCUCCCCUCCGUCCUCCGCCAAAUCCUGCUCACCCUCUUUAGCCUCCUCAUCCGGUUCACAGCACACAGCUCCUCCUCGGGACACACCCCACCCACCCUCUCCCCCCUCUUCGGCCCGCUCCUGUUCGGCCUCGGCCCCGCCACGCUGGCGUUCCACCAUACGUAUGUGCACUAUCUGCGUGCAGUGAACGCGAUGGAGCAUUUGUUGCUGGCGUUUAUUCGGUGGCAGGACGCGCCGAGGCCAUCGUUGGCGACGAGUGCGGGGCAGGAGGGCUUCUCGACGGGUGUGAGCACGGAUGUGAAGUAUGGCAGUGCGACGUCGCUUGGCGUGCCGACGCGCCUGAAAGACUGGAUUCGCGGCUACCCUGCCAUGCUGCCGUUUGUGCAGGCGGGAGAGAAGGGGAGAGGGGGAAGGGAGAGAGGCCGGUGCCCGAGGAGAGGGGCGAGGACGGUGAGAGUGGUGAGUGUAAGGAGGAAUGUGAGGAUGUAUUCUCCCGAUCUGGUGAAGACGGCGGCGAGUUGGGCGCAGAGGGGGACGGAGAGGGGGUCGGAGAGGGGGCUGGCGGGGUCAAAAGAGUGGGAGCGAAUCGCACCGUCGGUGAUGAAGCUCCCACCUCGCUAUUCAGAGGGCUAUAAGAAACGAAUGCAUUUGGCAACUGGGUUUCACCCCGAUACGGGCCCUGGGAUGUCGAGCGAGCCUUCAACGGCGUCUAGCACCUGCUCAUCGGCGUAUGUCUUUGGCGAAGAGUGUGUGAGUGGCGGGGGAAGGAAGGAAGUGUUUGGGCUGGGCCUCGGAGUCGGCCUCGGCGUGGGGAUGGGGAUGGGAGGGAGGGAAGGGGAAGAUCGGUUUAGGAAUCUGACAGAUUUGAGGUGGGGAGAGUUUGAGUUGAUGGGGUUUGGAGGACUUGGGGCUGAUGAGAAGAAGUUGCAGUUUGAUUUGACGGAGGGGGCGAGGACGGCCCGCGCCGCGAAACGCGCCACCCUCACCUGGAACGACUUCUCCGCGACCGGUUUCACGCGAAGCGACGCCCCGCUCGACGACACCCUCCAAUUCAGCACCCCGCUCGCGCACACCAUCUCCUCCUGGCCCGCCCAAAACGUGCCCAUCACGAAAAAGCUGAAAAAGCCGGACCCUUCGCGCCCCCCGUUUGGGUGGGACACGGACCCGGUAAUGGGGACGGAGGAGGUAAUCGAGGAGGGGUUUUUGGAUAUCGAGUUCAAAUCCCUCCCCGUCAAACCACCCGUCACGCCCCCAGGCACCGAACCGCGCACCUCGACGACGCUCAUCCUCUUUGAAGAAUUCGUCCCGUUCGAGUACCGCCAACAGCUCGUCGCGGGCACGACCAGCAAACGCAAACUGCACUUUCUCUUCUCGCACCCCAUGCUCCUCACGACGAAAUCCAAGCAGUGGAAGCCGGCGGCGACGCUGAACGGGCGGCCGUACGUGGUGGGCCACGUCCCGCGCAGUCCGUCGUAUCGGGAGGUGGAGUUUGAGGGGCUUAUUAGGGGGAAUGGGAGUUCGACGAAGGUGUUGUCGUUGUCGAAGCCGCAGCCGCCGUUGCCGCCUGGGGCGAGGGGCGUGGGCGUUGGGAUGGGCGGACAGGAGGGGUUGGGAGGAGGGGAGAGGCCGGCGACGCCUAGGCCUACCCCACGACCUGCGAUUUCGGCGCCUUUGUAUGUGGGCACGCGAACGGGACCUGCGCCUGUUGCGCAAGGCUCCAAAGGAGAGCAGACGCCGGCGAAGAAGGGGUGUUUAGGGGGUGUUGGAGGGGGAGGGGAGGCGGGAGAGGGAACGUUGGCUAAGAAGUCUCGGUUUCGAUUACCUGUGCCUAGUCCGACGGGGGCGAGGCAGUCCAAGAUGAUGCCUGCGGAGUAUUCGAGUGUGGAUUUUGAGACGCGUUUGGCGGGGUAUAGUGAUGAUGAGUGGAGUGGAGGGAGCGGGGGGAGUGGAAACGCGGGCGGUGCGGGGGGGAAUAGUAAGGAGGGGGAGAAGGAGAAGCAGGAGAGGAGGCUUUCGAAGGACGAUGCCUGGGUCGACAUCUUGGUGGCGACGCAUAAUAGAAGGAUGAAGGGCCAAGAAGUGGAGAUGCGAGGCGGGAGGGCGAGGGGACUCGGCGGCGGGAGGGGGGGCAGGUCUGAUCCUGAGAUAGCCAGUCAAGAAGUGGCUCAGGUGUUGGCGGGGAUUAGGGCGAGGUCGCCGAUGUCGGAUGAGGACGAGGUGGAUCAGACGAUGGAGCCUGUGGAUGAUAUGGCGCCGCCUGUCCCAGCCCGCACGCGCCCGCGCCGUGCCAAUGCCAACGGCGAUGGACUCGAUAGCGGGGCUGCGGUGGAAGAGGGAGAGGGGGGCAGUUUGGACGUGUUGGACGAUCCGGACGUGGAUUCUGUGAUGUCGUAUCCGAGGCGCCGGAUGGGCUAUUUUGAUUUGCACCCGGAGAGACGUCCUGGGAGGCCGCAGAAUGAAGACGGAGACGACGGAGAGGAGGGGGACGAAGCGGGAUACGGCACGCCUGACGCCCUCCCAUCCACGCGUUCUCCAAAAGCGACGUCGUCCGCCCCGGUGAGAAGCUCGAUAGACACGAUGGAGAGCGUGAGCGACUAUGCGCCUACGACGGUGACGCACGAUAUGGAUUUGCUGCCGAUGCCCGAGUUUGCGAAUGGGGAGGAGGGGAGGGAGGAGAAGGAGAGUGGGCAUUCGAGGGCGGAGUCGAUGACGCUGCCCGGUCUUUUGCAUGUUUCGCCGACGCUUGGGGCUGGCGAGGCUAGCGGUGGUGGUGGGAAGGGAGGGGCGCAGGGUAGGACGGCGGCGUUGAUUGAGAUGUAUCGCGAGAAGGAGAGGGAGAAGGAGAAGGGAGGGGUGAUGCCUUCGCGCUUGCCUGUGCGUUCGACGUCGAUGCAGACGAAGGAUAAGUUGCCGCCGCUGCCUCCUGUGACGAAAGACGGAUCGUCCCCACCGCCCCCUCCUCCUCAGCCCGAGUCUGAACCUACACCCGAAGUCGAGGAAACAGCAGAGGCCGGGCAAGAACCUGCCGUCGUCGACCCGCCACCACCUCUCCCGGUCUUGACAGAAACGGGCCGCGAGAGUCCCGGUCGUUACAUACAUGGAGCGCCGCUGCAUAAUGUGUUGGAGGAAGAGGAGGAGGAAUAGGAUGUGUUUGAAAAAGCGGCCAUUGAUACCAUGAUACCUUGUUUUUUGCUCUCGACCGCCCCACCCUCGACCCUCGAGACUGGCCGCUGACGUGUAUGAUAUUAUAUGCUUUUUUUUGCCGCCCGCCUUUUUUUGCUUUGCGUUUUGUGUAUUUCUGAUGGCAUAAUAUCCCCCUCGCACACCCCCCACCAA